AUGAAUCUGGAGGCAUUAGUACCGGCUGGCCGCACACUAACAGAGGAACAACAACAACACGUGCGAGAUCUGCAGGACGAGAUUGAUGAAAUAUGGAGUCGCCGUGGGGAUUACAAAAUUGACGACUCCGCAUGGGAACACAUGCCACUUUUUAUGGAAAACAUCACUGAAGAAGAUCUUCAAAAAAACGCCGAUUGUGCCGCGCUCGCCAGCAUUGCCUACGAUGCCGUUCCCCCAGAGGAAAUCGCAGAGAAUAGAAAACAACACGGCAAUAGAGCCAUACAACUCGCAUUGGAUCCAGCACAGGUCAAUAAGGAAAAUCUCGCCCGUGCCGCUGCCCAUUGCUAUACAGAAGGAUUAAACGCUAAAUGUGCAGAUCCCGUAUUGAAUGCACAACUCUACGCAAAUAGAAGUCUCGCACAAUAUAUUAUACAAAACUACGGACAUGGUCUGGAAGAUGCACAGCGGGCUAUUAUUCUUAAUCCAAACUACAGUAAAGCUUACUACCGCGCCGCACGUUGUGCAGAACGAGUAAAGAAGUAUGAACUGGCUCUUGAUCUUAUUUCAAAAGGUUGUCAAACAAUUCCUCCACCAGCAGAGGAAGCUUUAAAGGAGUUUGCACAACUGGAAAGGGUUUGUCGUGAAUCAUUAGAAAAUGCACAUGUAAAAGAAAAAAAGAAGAGUCUUCGUACACGUGUUCAGGCAGCAGAGACAUCUAAUGUUUUGCGUACCAUUACCUCUAGAGGUAUUAAACUCUCACCUCAUCCUGAAGUAAGUAGUGAACAGAUGGGUGUGUAUGGUCAACAUAAACCUUAUUUUGACACGGAAGGUUUAUUACAUGUUCCCAUUCUUUUUAUGUAUGAUGAAUAUCAGCAGACGGAUUUUAUGCAAGAUGUCGCAUGUGAUGUUAGUGCUGCUGACCUUGUUGAGGAAUUAAUGCCUUUUCCAUGGGAUGAUAAAGGUCGUUACAGUCAGAUAAAUGAUAUUGUGGUUAUUUUUAAAAUUGAUGAUGGUGUUAAGAUGCCAGAAUACUAUGAAGUGGAUCUCUCAUGGCCUCUCAUGGAAGUAUUUCGUUUAGACUCAUACAAAAUGCCCAUGUUACUUCCAGUACUGCAUAUUCUUUGCAAAGACUCAGAGUUACUGCAGGAAUGGAAUGUUCAAAAGGCACAUUGA